AUGCUGAAAGCUCCUUCCCUAAAGACUUCCAAAGUUAUCGGUUCCGGAUCACUUGCAUUCAACGAUUCAGAGCGACCUUCACAAACUUAUCAUUCCAAUAAUGAGGUGUCAGAUGACAUUGGUUACGUGGUCUACUCGGCGCUGGGCAGUUUCUACAUACCGUCCUGCAUCAUGGUCUUCGUGUACAUCCGAAUAUACUUCGCAGCGAAGGCGCGUGCGAGGAGAGGGAUCAGGAAGAACCCGAGACCACGACCUGUUGUCACAUCAGCACAAGUACAAAAAAAUCCACUGGCCUCCUGUCCACUGAGGAGUUCGACACUCUCAGUGAACGGCGAGCUUCAGCUGCAGCAGACAAGGGGCAGAGCACCCAGCGUCGCGAUAGAUGCUGACAUGGUCUCCGAGAUGGAACCGUCAUCAUCAGACUCAGGAGUAGUCAGCCGUUGUGGUGGUGUCAAACCUCUAAAGUUACGAAUCUUCAAAAAAACAGACAGGAGACAAGAGAAAUCUCAACCAAGUAAAUCAGAAUUAGAACCAGCAUUACCAAAGCCACACAAACCUAGAGAUCCAGAGAGAGAAAAGAAGAGAUUAGCGAGAAAAAAAGAGAAGAGAGCUACUUUAAUUUUAGGUUUAAUAAUGGGCAGCUUCAUAGCUUGCUGGCUGCCUUUCUUCUUCUUGUAUAUACUUAAAGCAGCUUGCAGAAACUGUGUGAUACCUUCGAGCGCGUUCGCGAUAGCCUUCUGGCUGGGGUAUAUGAACUCUGUGCUAAAUCCUGUGAUCUACACCAUCUUCAACAAGGAUUUUAGAAGAGCGUUUAGAAGAAUACUGUUUAAGUGA